AUGUCAACUACAAAUUGCAGAUUUUAUGAAAAUAAAUACCCAGAAGUUGACGAUGUUGUCAUGGUUAAUGUGCAAGAAAUUGCAGAAAUGGGUGCAUAUGUUAAAUUAUUAGAAUAUGAUAAUAUAGAAGGUAUGGUUUUAUUAUCAGAGUUAUCAAGAAGACGUAUUAGAUCCAUUCAAAAAUUAAUUAGAGUUGGUAAAAAUGAAGUUGCAGUUGUAUUAAGAGUUGAUAAAGAAAAAGGUUAUAUUGAUUUGUCAAAAAGAAGAGUUUCAACUGAAGAUAUUCAAAAAUGUGAUGAAAGAUUUAAUAAAUCAAAAGCUGUACAUUCAAUAUUGAGACAUUGUGCUGAAAAAUUCAAUAUUUCAUUAGAAAAAUUAUAUGAAACUAUAGGAUGGCCAUUAAAUAGAAAGUACGGUCAUGCUUAUGAUGCAUUUAAAUUAUCAAUUACAGAUCCAACCAUAUUUGAUGAAUUAGAAUCACCAUCACCAGAAGUAUUGGAAGAAUUAAAAGUUUAUAUUUCAAGAAGAUUAACACCACAGGCAAUUAAUAUAAGGGCAGAUGUUGAAGUUUCAUGUUUUGGUUACGAGGGUAUAGAUGCUGUUAAAAAAGCUUUAAAAGUUGCUGAAGAACAAUCAACUGAAGAUAUGCAAAUUAAAGCUAAAUUAGUAGCUGCUCCAUUAUAUUUCUUAACUGUACAAGCUUUAGAUAAAAAUCAAGGUAUAAAAUUAUUAGAAUCUGCUAUUGAAAAAAUAACUCAACUGAUUGAAUCAAAUGAUGGUGUUUGUAAAGUUACCAUGGCACCAAAAUCAGUUGCUUCUAAUGAUGAUGCUGCUUUACAACGUAUGUUGGAAAGUAAAGCUGCUGAUGAUAGAGAAUCUGACGAAGAAGAUGAUGAAGAUGAGGAAUAA